UUUUCUACAAGAAAAAAGAUAUUAAAAACAUCAUCGCAUACAUCUGCAUUUGGAAAGUUAUGAAACACAUCUGCCACAUGCAUAUCUCAAAACACAAAGCUGUCAUAAACUUGACGUUCAAUAAUUGGGAUCAUACGAAUUAUAUACUUAGGGGUGAUUGACAAUCCAUUAAAUCUUACGAAAGUCCAUCGUUCGUUAUCCGAAUCCUUUAAAAGCUUCUUCUUCUUCGAACGAAGCUCGAUAAUGGUCAUACAUGCGCAUUUUUUUUGAUGUCGAUGAUGAGAAGAAAAGAGAAAAAGAACGAAAAAAAAGAUAGCGAAGUUGAGGAAAGAGACGCAUAGAGAUUUGCAUAAAUCAUCGUCCGUUCACAUACAUAAUGAUUGGUUAAAAUAUCGAAAGUAAAGAUCGGUGGACGGAAGAUCAGAGAAGAGGAACACCAACACUGAAACAAAAGUGGAAUUUUAUUUUCUUCGGUCGGCAGUGUCACCAACACGCACAAGCGAGGAUUAUUCAGAAAACAUUUUGUUCGCUCGACGAUCAUCUCUCGACGAUGAGGAGACCUUCAAAAAAAGUCAAUUAAAAAAUCUAGUUCUCCCAAUGCCAUCCGAUUACGAAAUAAACUGAGAGGGAACAUCGGUCAAGUAUAAAAGAUCGAAAUAUCUUUGGGAUGAUAUUCCACUCCUUAUUCAAACAGCAUACCGUAAACAUGAGGUUGUUGCUGAUCGCUUUGACUUAUUUGACGGUUUCCUCGGCUUUCCCCGAGCCAAAGCAUAAAAGGGACGUUCUUCCAGGCGAUCCACGUUACGGAAUCGAUCAUCAUCUCGACAACGUGGUGCAAGUUAAAUCCUUUGAUGACAAAUCCGUGGUACAGGACGUCUAUGGACCCCCUGGAUAUCAACCGGGCGCUCCUCUUGGUAACGACUACUUGUCACCCCUCGCUAUCACCGAAUAUUCCACACCGGUCGCUGAAGUGGUUAACGUAGAACCUGAAAAAGUAGUAUCAAGCACAACAUUCUCGGUUCCAGUUGAAAGCGUCGAAACGGUAAAUGUCACACCGCCACCAGCCCCUUACGGUAUUCCCGUGGAUAAAACCGUUAAGACCGCCGUAAAUACCGAAUCCGCGUCUCAAGUCAAAUCCACGGUCAAAACUGUAAACACUCGAGUUCACGAAGGAUCUCCAUCGACUGUGAACAUCGUUGAACACUGGCCUACCGUAAAACAAGUAACACACUUUACCAACGGAGCGAAGAUCAACCCCUCGGUUACGAAAACCGUGAGGAAGAACGUCCUUGGCAACACUCUUCUGCCCACUGUCUACGCUUCUUACGGCGGAGUCCUUAACAUACCCGGUUACGUCUCUUCCCAACUUCCUUCCCUCUACUCGACGCUACAAUCCAUCCCUGUCGAUCACGCGGUCAAUUUGAACGUUCCUCUUUCCCUCUCAUCGUCCCACCAGCUCGACAAAACCGUCGUUCCAACCGCCUAUUCCGUCGCGCAACCAGCCUUCUCGGCUCCACACACGCAUAUCCUGCAACGCGCCCCUGUCCACACCCUCUACGCAUUGCCUUCCGUCUCGUCGCUUCCCUUCGAAACGCUGUCUCCGAUCCAACCCGUAUCUUCCGUGGGCACCUUGACCCCCGUGCACGCGACGCGCACCUACACACCGGUGCAAUCCGUCGAGACGUUGCCAUCCUCGAAUCUGGUGCACACCGUGGAAUCUGUCAAGUCCGUGAAGACCUCGUCGCCUGUGCAACACGCGGUGCCGACCGUGGUCGAGAGCCUAACACCUGUGGUGAGCGUGUCGACGGCGAGCCCCCUGCAAUCCGUGGACACGGUGGAUCCGAUCAAAUCGGUGAGAAUCGUGUCGCACCAGCCCGUCGAGACCCAACACUCCGUGACCGAGGUGCUUAAAACCAAAUCGGUACCCGUGAUCCAUAUCUCGGAUCAGGGCCUGCAAGACAAGCAAUUCCUGGGCAAUUUCUUCUACCAGCUCGCCACCAUGUAUUUGCCCAACUUUUCCACCUUACGGCCCCCAUCCUCGACCUCAACCUCGCCCUCGUCCUCGUCCUCCUCCUCGACCUCGCGCGCUCAUUCCAAGUCGCAGUUGACCACGAGCCAACCGGUUAAGGUGACCACCCCUGUCACCAUUCUUAGCGAUGACACUUACAAUCAAGAACUCGUCAAUAAUCCGGUAUCGGCUAGUAAGCAGGUGGUGAGCGUGACGCCAGCCAACGAGUACGUUCAACCCACGGAAGCCAACGGCGGAUAUGUUUAUUGAAAAUGAAUCGUAUCGUCGAUUGUAUAGAUAGAUAGAUUCGUUCGUUGUUGGAGAGCAUUUAGAAUCGAUUGGAGCUGGCGCGAUCGGAAAGAAUUAUUUUCAAACUGUGACAAAUGAAGAAUCUCCCGAUUAAACAUGCGAAAUACGAA